GGACGAAACGAAGGGUUCGUUUCCGUUUGUAGGCUGCGGAAACCGAGUUUCACAGUGCUACACAAGCCGAACAGAGACCGAUUGGAGCUCCAUCCUACGACCGAGAGGAGGAAAGAGGACAGUAUUGAGGAAGACCUUGUAAUCAAAAUACCGUCCAAAUUUACACUAAUAUUACACUUUAAUAGCACUCAAACCCAGUGCCUGCGAAGAUGGGAGACAAGGCGGGGACCAGAGUCUUCAAGAAGUCCAGCCCCAACUGCAAGGUCACAGUAUACCUGGGGAAGAGAGACUUUGUGGAUCACCUAGACCAUGUAGAUCCAGUGGAUGGAGUGCUACUCAUAGACCCAGAAUACCUAAAAGACAGAAAAGUCUUUGUGACUCUGACCUGUGCGUUCCGAUAUGGUAGAGAGGACCUGGACGUUCUGGGCCUGUCCUUUAGGAAAGACCUCUAUAUCUCCACCUUCCAGGCCUUCCCUACCCUCACCACAGAGGAAGGUAAACCACUCAGCCGGCUGCAGGAACGACUGCUGAAGAAACUAGGCCAGCACGCCCACCCAUUCAGCUUCACUAUCCCUCAAAACCUGCCCUGCUCAGUCACUCUACAGCCAGGACCAGAGGACACAGGGAAGGCCUGUGGAGUAGACUUUGAGGUCAGAGCCUUCUGCGCUAAGACUGUAGAGGAGAAGAUACAUAAAAGGAACUCAGUGCGUCUGGUGAUCCGUAAGGUGCAGUACGCCCCAGAGAAGCCUGGUCCUCAGCCCAUGGUGGAGACAACACGAUCCUUUCUACUGUCAGAUAGAUCCCUACACCUAGAGGCCUCCCUGGAUAAAGAGCUCUACUACCAUGGAGAACCUAUCAGUGUGAAUGUCCAUGCGACCAACAACUCCACCAAAACAGUCAAGAGGUUGAAAAUCUCAGUUCGCCAGUAUGCUGACAUUUGUCUGUUCAGUACGGCUCAGUACAAGUGUCCUGUUGCACAGGAAGAGGCAGAUGACCAGGUGUCCCCCAGCAGUACGUUCUGUAAGGUGUACACCCUGACUCCCACGCUCACCAACAACCGAGAAAAGAGAGGCCUGGCUCUGGAUGGCAAGCUGAAGCACGAAGACACCAAUCUGGCCUCCAGCACUAUAGUGAAAGAUGUGUCCAAUAAGGAGGUUCUGGGGAUCCUGGUGUCCUACAGAGUCAAGGUCAAACUAGUGGUGUCUCGCGGAGGGGAUGUCUCGGUGGAGCUGCCUUUUGUUCUAAUGCACCCCAAACCCUCUGACCUACCCAUCUCCAGACCUCAAUCAGUCGUCCCAGAAACAGAUGCCCCAGUUGGCAGUAACCUGAUAGAGUUUGAGACAAAUAAUUUCUCUCAGGAUGAUGACUUUGUGUUCGAGGACUUUGCCCGUCUGCGGCUGAAAGGAACGAAGGACGAUAAGGAUGAGGAUGACCACUUGUGCUAGCUCUCCCUCUCCCAGGAUCAUGCACCUGAACCUGGGGAGAGGUGCUAGGCGAGUCCCUGGUCUCAUGUUGUCUCCAGGCCAGUAGGCUCAACUUCAGAAAGGGGGAGCAGGAGCACUCAUAUGUAUACUAUUUUUCACCCCCCCCCUUCUACUUCUCCUUCUUCUUCUCUCUUCUUUCUUGUACAUCUUUGAUGAGAUUUUCCAUUUCUACUCCUUUGUUUUGUCACGAGUUUGUUUGAGAAACAGAGAGAAUGAGGGAUGAAACAGAGAGAAUGAGAGAGAGAGAUGGAGGGAUUUAUAGGAGUGUCGAGUCCACAGUCUCUGUUUUAGGAAAUCCUUCUAUAUGUUUUGGAUCCAUUCUUCGAUUCAGGGUUGAUGUUCUAUGUUCUAUAUGCUCUAUAGGUCCCAGCUUUAUAAGAAGUUGGUAGACAGACAGAUAUACAUUUGUCAUUAUUUACAUGAUUGAAUACCAUGUACCUAAGGUUGCAAAAUUCCCCAAAUUCCCAGAUUUUGCCAAAAUUCUGGUCAGAAGAAUCUGGAUUUCCAACUUAUUCUCCCCUGAUUCUGGGAAUCUUCUAAGAUUUCUGGGAAAACCUGGGAAUUUUGAGGAAAGUUUGGGGAAUUUAGGCAAUCCUAUAUGUAACUGUAAUGUACCGGACUGCGAUGCUGCACAACUACUUAGAGGGAACAUGAGUUUAAUAGUUUAGUUAAUUACAUUGUUAUGACAUAGUUAUAACCAGUUAUUACACUGUAAUUAUAUAGUUGUUAUUACACCUUUACCUUUUAUCCUUGACACCCAUUAUACCCACUAUGUAACUCAAUACUUUACCCCUUUAUGGCAAGUGUGAAAGGAUUACAUAUCCUCACAGUGAGGGAGUGAGUGUGUAAGUGUCCUGUGUGUGCAGUGCACUUAGUUAUUGUCGCGGGGUGUAUAAAGUGUACUUACAGUCAGCUACAGUGAGCGUUUCAGUGUAGUUAAGUUACACUGAGGGUGUGAGUGUUAUGCAGUCAGCGUGAGGAUGCAGGUGAUUGUAUGUGCAGACAGUGUAUUCUGUUAAGGACUACAUAGGAGACUUCAGGCAGCAAAACCUACACACACACCCUACAUUCAGCGGAUGCCAUGAACACGAUAAAUAGCUAUUUUUUCACGUUCAUGAUUUGCCCAAAGUCCUUUUCUUGGUAGGUCAGGUGGCAGUUUGAUUGAACCCAACUGUCAAUAAGAUCAGGGCUCAUGUCUAUGACGACAGCCUACUGUACUGUACUGGGCCAAUUAUAAAGCUGUGGUUUUCGAGAGGAGUAGGAAUGCUGAUCUAGGAUCAGGUCCCCCCGUCAAUAUAAUCUUAUUCAUUUUGAUCGACCAGGUCAACCAGGUAGAUCAGGUCGACCAGGUAGAUCAGCCAAGGAUAUUUUUUUGACAGCUCACAAAGGGUGCCCCCUGGUGUUUGAAAAGCUGUAGUCUUCUGCAGGUCUAUUAAUAGAGUAUUUAAAGGAGGUUGUAGGUGGAAGUUUCCCCCUCCACUGAUACAGGGUAAGAUUAUUUUGGUGUAGGGCAGCGGUUCUCAAACAUGGUCCUCUGGACCCAAAGGGGUACAUGUUUUGUUUUUUGCCCUAACACAACACAGCUGAUUCAAAUGAUCAAAGCUUGAUGAUUAGUUGAUUAUUUGAAUCAGCUGUGUAGUGCUGGGGGAAAACCCAGAACGUGCUCCCAGAGGGGCCCCGGGACUGAGUUUGGGAAACCCUGGUGUAGGGUAAUCUGAUCCUAGAUCUGUGGUUAGGGAGUGACUUCUACCUCAAUUGUGCGAAGUUUAACAUUGACCAACCUCUUAAACCUACCAGCAUCCAACUUAAGCCUCAAUCAUCAGAAUCACCAAUUUAGGGAUCAGGGGAA